GCGCAGCUCCUGUUGAAAUGGAUGACUUGGAGUCAGAGUUUAAUCUGAAAGUUGUCCUGGUCAGUUUCAAGCAGUGUCUCAAUGAGAAGGAAGAGGUGCUGCUGGACCACUACCUCGCCAGCUGGAGGGGGCUGGUCAGGUUCCUGAACAGCCUGGGCGCUAUCUUCUCGUUCAUCUCCAAGGACGUGGUAGCGAAGCUGCAGAUCAUGGAGCAGCUGUGCGGCGGCCCCCAGCGCGAGCACUAUAGCACCCUGCAGGCCAUGGUGGCCUACGAGGUGGGCAGCCAGCGGGUGGACCUGGAGCGGCGCUCCCGCCACCCCGACUCGGGCUGCCGGACGGUGCUGCGGCUGCACCGCGCCCUGCACUGGCUGCAGCUCUUCCUGGAGGGCGUGCGCACCAGCCCUGAGGACGCGCGCACCACCGCGCUCUGCACUGACUCUUACAAUGCCUCCCUGGCUGCCUACCACCCCUGGAUCAUCCGCCGGGCCGUCACCGUGGCCUUCUGUGCACUGCCCACACGCAAGGUCUUCCUGGAGACCAUGAACGUGGGGUCCCCCGAGCAGGCCGUGGAGAUGCUGGGCGAGGCCCUGCCCUUCAUCGAACGCGUCUACAACAUCUCCCAGAGGCUUUAUGCCGAGCACGCCCUGCUGGACCUACCCUAGGGGCUGGCGGGCCCAGAUGGGGUGGGCUUCCCCCAAUCCAGAGCUGGGUGGGGGCAGCCGGGACCCAUCAGUGCCACCGUGGAACUUUUCUGGGUCCCCCUGUGAGCUGAGCUUGUCGGGAGCCACUCAGAGCCUCCAGCCGCUGCAGACAGGCUUCACGGAGAAGACAGACGCUGGCCGUCUGCUCCACGCCCGGCCUCUCGUUUGCCCGGGCAUCUCAUCUUUACGCUCAGCUAAGUUACACCCAUGUCUAGUCAGGCCUCUCCCUGGUGGAUGAAGUGCAGGAAGCAGGCAGUGGGGGGCAGGAUCAGUGUUCAUGGAAAAGCUGCCUCUGCCCGGGGCUCAAGUCUUUGAGCUACGGGGAGUCACGGGGCCCAGGAUGCGGUGUCUGCCCAGCUGGGCUGCCUUGGGCCCCUCGGUAAAGGCUGGCUGUCCCCAGGACAGGGCGGAGUCCUGGGCGGGGGUCAGCACUGCAGGCUUUCUCCCCGCCCCUCUCCUCCUCAGCCAGGGGGCAGUGACAGCAGGAUCUGAAGCCCCGAGGGAAGGCCUGCCCUGCUGCCACCGCCCUGCACACAUGUCAGCGGCCGCCUGCAGCCUGGAGUCUGCACAGUACAGCCCCAGAGCCCCCAGGAUCCCAGGACUCCUCUGGGCCAGUGCUGGCCUCCCUCCCCAGCAUCCAGCGAGAUGCCGUGUUCCCUCUUCCUUGCCCCUUACUGCUCCAUCCCCGUGGAGCUCAGGAGAGCCAGGAUGACAGCACAAGGGAGGGAGCCUCGACCCGCUCUGCCUCAGUGACAGGCUGGCAGGUGGCCACACCCAGCCCGGCCGUCACCCAGUGCUUGGGGGCCUGGCCCCACCCACUGCCUCUUCACUGUGAGGCCAGGACCUCAGGUGUCACGGGGACAUUAUUCACCAUGCAGCAAAUGUACGUAAGUGCAAGCUUUCAGGCACCCUUAGAAGCUGUAAUACGGGUGAUGGCUUUUCUAAAAUAAACUGCACUUAGCAGAACUGCUGCUCUCCAGGACGGGGGUGUUGGGUGUGCCAGGCACUUGCUUCCAGGCAGUCAGGGCCGUGUCAACCACAGGGCCGUGAGGUAUGCCCCAGCCAGUGCUGGGGACCUGCCCGUCUCUAUGCACACUUUAGCCCUGCCAAGCCCCAUCUGUUGCCAAGGUCCACAUUAUCCCCACUUUACAAGUGAGAAGACUGAGUCACAGAAUCACCUAAGUGGCUGAGUUGGAAACGCAGGUCUGAGGUCAGCCACACACCGUGCAGAGAGAAGGAAAUCUGCCUGGACUGUAGCCAGUGGAGGGGAGCUGCUCACGCCAUGGCAGUGGCCUGGACAGAAGGAGAACGCCUGUCAGGGAGGGUCCUCUCAGACGCUGCCCAAAGGCCAGAACUCAAUAGCAGUGCCCAGCACAAGCCACCUCCAAGUCCCCACACCCAGCGGGGACCAGAGCCUGGUGUGGUGCCUGCAAAGGCCAGUGACUUGGGGGGAACAGCCCGCGGUUCCCCCGGGCCAGAGAGCGAGGGCUGCGUGGGUGUGCGCGUGUGCAUGCAAUGGUACAGGUGC